UGAUCUCGGCCACGGCAUUAUAAUAUCAUUUAGAUAGUGGUUGUGUAGUGUAAUUUCUGAUGGUUCAUUGUCAACUCAGUGCGAUCGUGUAAAGUGAGCGAGGACUGGGAAUUAACCGAGCCCGGACUACCUGAGGACAAGCAAAGUUUAUUAAUACAAGAUUUACCUCAACAUGGCAACUAUGAACCUUCGAAUAUCUGGGAGCAAACCCAAAAAAAUUGCUCCUAAAUCCAAAAUGGAAACACAAUUUCCAAGGCACUGCCAAGAGUUCUAUCAAUCUUUGCAAACUGGAGACUUUGAAAUGGAAUUCUCACAUGUAAUCGGAAAAACAAAACUCUUCCAACUUGUCUGUUCUUCCGCUUCUGCUGAAGAGAUCCUCCAGGAAAUGAGGGUGAUAGCUAAAAAUCCAAAAUUGUUUGAUCAGAAUGGAUUCAUGGAUUGCUUCUUUGCUUUGUACCUUCUCCUGGACUAUCAAGGACAUGUGAAAAAUGCAUUUUUCAAAUUGCUGGACCAAAAAUUCAAAUCUGAUGAAAUGUGUGUCAUCAACAUCCAACUAUUCUCCAAAUAUAUAGAGAGUGCACGCGCAACAAGUUUUGAUCAAACAUAUGCUGCUGGCACAGUACUGCACAUAGCAAAAAGUUUGCUUUUUGCUGCUAAGAUCAUCCUGCCAUGCUGGUCAGUGGUUUUCCAGUUUCUUCAUAGUGGAGUACAGAUGCACCGAAAAAAAUUUCAAGAUUGCUCCAAUCUUGCUGCAAUUGAGCAGCAACUAUUUUUCAGCGGAUUGCACAUUUUGACUCAGGCAACUGUGGCCAUCUUUCAAGUUGCCAACAAAAGUCCAAGCUUUAAAUUGGGCAGAGAUGAUUCUAUGGCGGAACUGUACGACGAGUUGAUUGGAAUUUUGAACAAUCCUCCUACCCAGCUUCCGUCUGACACAAUCAAUUCGUGCGCGAUGGCUUUGAUUCUGUGCUAUGACAGACUGCAUGAAAAGGUUCAUAAUAAGGAGAAAAUUUUGGAGAUUUUAAGGGUGAUCCUGAGUGAGAGCAGGAGUGUUGGGAAGAUAAGCAAACUGACAAACUGCAGCAUUGCUGUGAAAUUCAGUUUGAGUGCAGCUCUUCUUGGAGUCUACAAUGUUGAAGAAUUGUCUAAUUUGACGUUUGAAGGUGAACCUGCGCUGCUUAAGAUUUUUGAGUUCCUCUCAGAUUUCUCUGGAAGGAGCUCGGAAUCAAGUGUGAUUUUGAGCGGCUGCAGAGCAAUCGCUGCUCUUGGAAAACUGCUGCCCCAAACAGCAACUGUGUGUCCAGAGCUUUCAAAGCUCCUGCUGCCCAAAGCCAAUGAUCAUUGUGUUGUGUAUUUGGAACACCACAUGGACAGUGUCAGACACGCAACCAAGGCAUUUCUAUCGUCACUUCUCUCCGCUUGUCAAAAUAAUGAGAAUUUGAUUAGUGAAGUUGCAUGCAGUUUCAAACAACUUCCAGGUGAUUCCAAAGCAAAAUUCUUCGGAGUGGCAGCCCUAGGAAACCAUGUUGGAGCUACAAUUGUUUUGCAUUGGUUUCCAAAUCUGGUUGAGUGGCUGCUUUGGUCUUUGAAGGACAAAUCCCUCGCACCGCAUGCAAGCAGUACUUUAGAAAGUUUGAUGCAAAGUCACAUUGAUGAUGGAGUGUCAGUGGAGCUGUGGUGCAACACUUGGAUAACGCCUGUCAUCACACUGAUGCCUUGUCCAGAACUGGAACAUGUCUUAGCUAAAGCUGUGCAGAUCAGACCUCAAAUGCUACCUUUCAUUGUUGACAUCUGCUCUGCCAAGCUAUCAACUGACGCAAGUUCUAAUGAAUCAACAAACCAUUUGAAAAUACUUCUUGGCUGUUUGAAAAUGGCCAAGAAGCAUAGCAAAGUAGAUCCAAAUACCUGGAUGAAAGCGAUUGGCUUGCAACAUCUCACACUCGCCUUGUGCCAUUCUGAUGAUGAUGUGCGUCUUGCAGCCCUAGCCUUUAUUACAGAGAGCAGGCGCAUCACAGAACCUUUGAAUGCAAUUGAACUUACGUCUUUGUUGACAGGCUUCAAAUAUUGUAGUGACACUGAUGCUCCAGCCACUUGCCAUGCAGCGCUUUCAAUUUUGAAGAAGUUAUUUGCAAGACUUGCCAGCAGCAUUAAAGUGGUGCUGAAAAAUGACGAGGGCAAAGAUGCAUACUUGAAUUUCGCCUGCCAAUUUUGCAGCAACGCUUUUUCAGACCUCUUCCCAGGAUCUAGUUUAUGUCGAAGGAGUUUUUCGCUUCAAGCCCUCAUCUUAUUCAAGGACACUUUCUCUGGGCUAGAACCAUGGUCUGCACUAUGGCAAUGUGUUUUGACCCAGGAAAAUGCCAAAGUCCUGAUGGGAUGUUUGACUGACUCUUAUGAAGCUAACAAAAAUAUGGCGUCGGAUUUGCUGAAAUCGUUUCCAGCCAGUAGCUUGGGCUUUAAUAAUUCUGGUGCUCUUGAGGAACUUCUUGAUAAAUGUGUUCAACUUGCGGAAAGCCACAGACCGCCCGACUGCACCAAUGCUGCUUGUGUUCUAUCACUGAUUGUAAGCUGCAAAGAACUGGAACAAACUCUACAGGAAUUAUCGCACUCCAAGGCCAGUUCCUGUUUGAUUGUCUCACAGCGACUCAUUAACAGAUUAGAAUUGCAACUUCAGGUUGCCAAGAAAAGCAUUUUGAAAGCUGCAGAUUGUGGUCCCAUGUACGGAACACUCUUCUGCAUUCGGAGUCUGAUUCUUAUUCAGGAUCUAAGGUUAAUGUCAAGCGGAACUGAGAGCCACUUGUGGAAGCUGUUGAUUCAGAAACUGAUAGGCCUUUGUUUUGAAAUGAACGCCACUGUAGCCCCAAUUGUGAACAGCUCUUCCCCUGAAGGACAUUUACCCAUGGACUUUGAAACUGACCUUCCUGGAGAUGUGGAAUCAUUGUCUUUAAGUGACGAUGACGUUGCCACUCCGAGAGUGACAGCACAAAUGGUCCUGUUGUGCGCGUGGCGCACUGUCAAGGAAGUUUCCUUGACGCUCGGAGACUUGGCUGCUAAAGCCCCUGCCAGUAGUUCUGAUCAGUAUUUGUUGAGCAACGAGCAGCUGCUCUUGAUAGGAGAGCAUUUCACCGCAUUACUUUGUGAAACAAAACACAGAGGAGCAUUUGAGCAGGCUUACGUGGGCUUUUGCAAACUGUGUGCCUGGCUCUGGAAAGUGCCGAGCGGCGAGCUGCCACAGCUUCCCUCUAAGUGGCUGGACGAGGUCAUGUCAAGUGUCGCUGGCAAAGGAUCGAGCGGCAGUUCAAUCAACCUCUCCAAAUUGUGCACAACACGCCGAAGCGCUGGAGUGCCCUUCAUUGUGCAAGCCUUGAUAACCACAGAGCUGGAGGUGCGCACAAAACCAGAGUGCUUCCAUAAAACCGUGACAAUGCUCCUAGUCCUGGCCAAGCAAUCAGGUUCCGAAGGGCAACUGCACGCCUUAAACAUCUUGCGAGCACUUUUCAGAAGCGCUCACCUGGGAGAGCAUGUUGCGCCCUACGUUUCUGAAGGAUUCAUUGUGGCCAUCAAUGCGUUUAAGAGCAGCAACUGGGCUGAGCGGAAUGCAGCCACCUUACUGUUCAGCUCGCUGAUGAGCAGAGUUUUUGGAGUAAAACACACUCCAGGACACGAAGACUUGCCCAGAAAGAACCGAAUGACUGGCAGAAUUUUCUUCCGACUCUAUCCAGAUCUCUUUGGGCUGCUCUCUUCAGAAUUGCAGAGCGUGUCUUUGUCCAUCAAAGAGGGUAAUGAAGCUGCAGGAAGCUUGUACCCGGUACUUCUACUACUGGCUAGGCUUUACCCAUCUUCUCUGGAAGGGACUGACAGUGCUCUCAAUCUGCUCUCUUUGUUGGAUUACGUCAGUGUUUGCACUGCAAGCCCCGUGAUGCACACGAGGGUGCUCGCUGCUAAAGCCCUGGUGCCAUUGGUUGAACCUCAGCAGGCACAUGCCUACAUUCUAUCUCUAAACCUGAAGCCACAGCCUCAGAACUCUCUUCACGGCAUUCUCCUUCAGCUUAGCAAAUUGAUAAAGGAAAUUCAUCCAAGCGAUGACGUGAUUCAAGCUGCUGAAAUGAAAGUGAAAGAAGGCCUUUACCUCCUUCAGCCUGAACACAAAAUACAUGUGACCAAAGGCGCUUUUAUUGAAUUUUUGACCGCGUUUGCUGCAAAACUCGAUGGAACAACCUUAAAAAACAUCAGUGAAACAGUGGUAAAACAUUUGCCACAUGUUUUGAAUGAUCAGGAAAAUCAGUUUGGAAGCGCUAUCACAAAGCAAAACGCGGCACGUCUAUGGCUCCGACUGGUCUCUCAAGUUAAUGAUUUUUCACACAUUGAAGAAAUUCUCAACAUCUUGCUGCAACACCCUCUGCCAGAUGUCGUCCACGAGGCUUGCAACUUUAUUGUGGUGCACACCUCUGAGUCUGAUAUGGAAAUCAAUGGGAAUAGCUGCAAGUUGCUUGGUCUGAAAAUCUCCAAGAACACAGCGUUAGAUACAUCCAUCAAAGAAUCAAGGAGUAUCGCUCAAAAUGUCAUUAAUACUGCGCUUAAAUGGUCUCCUAAAAAUGGACAGAGAGUUCAGUUUGAGACUAGGAUCAUCAUUUAUCUAGCAGCUAUACGCUUGAGCAAAUGCGUUUUGGAAGCAGAAUGGAAUGCUACUGGGCAAACCUUAAUUGAUUAUGAGGAAAAAUUAGGCCUCAUGCUUAACUUCUGCAAUGAAGGCCGACUUGGUCCAGCCAACUUUAUGAUCUUAGCUCUUGCUGGACAAUUGCUGCACAGAUCCACCGGCAAGAAGACUCCUCAGUUUCUUGAAUCCUAUGCCUCUUCUCUCUUGAAAUGUGCCAUGGGUGACAGUAGCUGUGAAAGCAAUGUUGUGGUGGCGCAAUCCCUUUGUUCCAACAAAAACUUGAUAUUUUCCUCCAGCGACCGCACGGUUGUAUGUGGAUACUAUGCCACUCUGAUCAUUCUGCAGCAAAGUUCAACCAGUGGUCGAGACAUAAUAUUGCAGCUGGAAGGUAAUUUCACCGGAGUUACCAAGAGCAGAGCGUUGGAGGCUGUCAUUCGCAAUUUUGUUAACGUUAAAUUGCCUCUUGAGUUGAAGAUAUUCUCCUUGCUCAUCUGGAGUUUCGGCCACACUAUUCUGGAGGAUUACGUGAGCUCUCUAAACACCUCAGACGAAGAGGAUGAGGACCUCAAAGUAUUUGAUCAAGGUGAAGUCGAUACUACUAAAGAAGAAUUGAAACUCGCAGAAGCAGCUGCUUCUGGAUUGCUAACUCUUUUAGAGAAGAACAGUCAAGAGAGUGUUCACACUGCCAUCGGAGCAACUGUGGAAUGGAUUCCGUUCUACUCCCUGAUGAAACAGUUUAGUUGCAAAGAUUUACUUAGCAAAGUGCAAUGCUUCAAUAAGAACAAACACCAUUUUUUGGAUAGCUUGUAUCCAGUGAGUGAACUACGAAGAUUACAAUUCAAGGAGCUGGAAAAGACGCGUAUUUUUAAUUUUCUUUGAAUAAAUUUUAUUCUUAACAUUA